AUGAAUACGACCAUCAUCGUUUCACUUCUACUAGUGAUAAUAACAACUGCGCUCUUGCUAAUUGUUCAAAGGACCUCAACUAAUGUUAUCCCUGGUCAAAAAAUCUCAAACAGAGAUCCUACGUUCAUUAUCGCUGGCCCUCCUAAUAGCGGAAAGACGAGCCUUUUCACGUUGCUAACUACUGACACAAUCAAAGCUACGGUCAUGUCUCAGGAACCCAAUGUAGCUGCAGAUUACAUGCUGCCCUCAGCUGCAAAAAGCUUCAAAUUCAAGUUAAUGGACUUUCCCGGACACAUAAAGUUACGUUACCAGCUCUUUGAAACGCUGAAAGAAUCAUCGUCAAUAAAGGGCUUAAUAUUCGUUGUUGACUCAACAGUUGACCCCCAAAAAUUGACUGAAACAGCGGAGUUUCUCUAUGAAAUAUUGACAAUUACAGAGCGCAAUCCUGAAGGAGUCGAUAUUUUAAUCGCUUGCAAUAAAUGCGAAUCAUUUACUGCCAGGCCUCCCGCUAAAAUAAGAGACGCCCUGGAAAAGGAAAUUGGUAAAAUAGUAGAGAGAAAAAUGAAAUCCUUGAGCAGCGUAAAAACUCAGCUGGAUGCAAAUGCUGACGAGAAAGAUGCAGAUAAUGAUGCGUUAGAGCUGAACUCUUCUCAUGGUUUCAAAUUCGACGCUCUUGAUGGCAAUAUUGUAGCCAUGGAAGGUAGUGUCUUGAAACAGAACAUUGACAAGUGGGACUGUUGGAUCGACGAAAGGGCCGUCAACUGA